AUGUAUCAAAAUGUGUAUGGAAUUGAAGGGGUUGUGCCUCUGGAACUUUUGCCUUCAGAUGUCCGGUCCAAAUAUCAAGCUAAACCAAGUGACAGGUCUAAACGAGCUAAAAAAGAAGAAACAAAAGGUGCUGCACAAAAAGCAGAGGAAAACCAGAUCGCAACACCUGCGAGUGAGAUUGAUGGGGAGGGAACCAGAGUUGAUCUUGAAGCCUCAGCAGCACCAAUGGACACUGAUGUCACAGCCACAACUCCAACAGCAGAUGAAAAUCAGAAGCAAAGCUCUGACACCGAUGCAGGUCAGGAGGCAGGGCAGUCAGAAGCAGAUGCUGAAGCUGAGGCUGGAAUGAUAGAUGGGGAGACAGAUGCAGAGGUUGAUUUAGAUGCAGUUGGCUGAGACAUGCAGGACCGGCUUUCGGGACUGGCCUUAGUAGUUGACCCAAAGCCAAAAUUACAGUGCUAGCUGUUUAUCUCUCUUUACUAAACAAGGCAGUAAGCAUUAUAUCACUGAUAAAUGCAAUUUUUUAGGAACAUUUCUUUGUAACAUUAAUUCCAAACUUAUAUAAAAUUGGUGCCUUCUAACAGCUGCCAA